UUUCCUACCGAGCGCCCGUAGAAGUUUGGGAGUCGCCUUGAUGUGCCCCCGCUGUUAUGAACGCGUCCCUCGGAGCUGUGGGAGCGGCAUAUGGUGUUAUUUCUGCUGUGGAUCUUGUGCUGAAUGGGAUGCCUAAAUUCCCUGGAAUACUCGCCGUAAUCAUGUCCACAACUCGGAAAAGGGAUCUGGCGAGUUCAUAUUGAGGUGUAUUGUCAAGACAAGAAUCGGUGACUCCUGUGCUUUUCUGGGUAACAUAAUCCAUGGAUAAAGUCGGAAAGAUGUGGAACCAUUUCAAAUACAGGUGCCAGAAUCUCUUCAGUCACGAGGGUGGAAGCCAAAAUGAAAACAUAGUUGUGAACUCCAGUAGUUGCUCAUCUGCUAAAGAGAAAGCUAUCCAGAUAAGUGAUUUGGCUCACCCACAAACCAGCAGUCCUUUGAGAGAAAACAUUGCUUUGCAAUUAGGUUUAAGUCCUUCAAAGAAUUUGGCAAGGCGGAACCAAAACUGUGUCACAGAAAUUCCUCAGAUUGUUGAAAUAAGCCUUGAGAAAGAAAAUGACUCGUGUGUCACCACAGGAGCUAGACUUGCUCGAAGGGACUCUUACUCUCGGCAUGCUCCUUGGGGUGGGAAGAAGAAGCAUUCCUGCUCUACUAAAACCCAGAGCUCCUUGGACACUGAAAAAAGAUUUGGUAGGACACGAAGUGGUUUGCAGAGGAGGGAGAGAAGGUAUGGGGUGAGCUCUGUGCAUGAUAUGGAUGCAGUGUCAAACAGGACAGUAGGUAGUCGUUCGCUGCGGCAGCGUCUACAGGAUACUGUUGGGCUGUGUUUUCCCAUGAGAACUUACAGCAAACAGUCAAAACCUCUCUUUUCUAACAAAAGAAAGAUCCACCUCUCUGAACUAAUGCUUGAGAAAUGCCCUUUUCCUGCAGGCUCAGAUUUAGCUCAGAAGUGGCAUCUGAUUAAACAACACACAGCACCUGUAAGUCCUCAUUCAACUUUUUUUGACACGUUUGAUCCUUCCUUGGUUUCCACAGAAGAUGAGGAAGACAGACUCAGAGAGAGGCGUAGACUUAGUAUUGAAGAAGGAGUUGAUCCCCCUCCCAAUGCCCAAAUACAUACUUUUGAAGCUACAGCACAGGUUAAUCCAUUGUAUAAACUGGGACCAAAGUUAGCCCCUGGUAUGACCGAGCUGACCGGGGACAAAAACAUAACACCUCCAGGAAACUGUGACUCUGAAGAGGACACAACAACGCUUUGUCUGCAGUCACGCAGGCAGAAGCAGCGUCAAAUGUCUGGAGAGAGCCAGGGUCAUAUCAGCAGGCAGGGAGCUUGGAAAGUGCAUACUCAAAUCGAUUACAUCCAUUGCCUUGUGCCAGACUUACUUCAGAUCACAGGUAACCCAUGUUACUGGGGUGUGAUGGACCGCUAUGAGGCAGAAGCACUUCUGGAGGGUAAACCCGAAGGCACUUUUUUGCUCAGGGAUUCUGCGCAAGAGGACUACCUCUUCUCUGUGAGCUUCCGUCGUUAUAACCGAUCGCUACAUGCACGCAUUGAGCAGUGGAAUCACAACUUUAGUUUUGAUGCCCACGAUCCCUGUGUGUUUCACUCCUCCACUGUUACAGGGCUUCUGGAACACUACAAGGACCCGAGCUCUUGCAUGUUCUUUGAACCGUUGCUUACUGUAUCUCUGAACAGGACUUUCCCCUUUAGUCUGCAGUAUAUCUGCCGGGCAGUAAUCUGCAGGUGCACUACGUAUGAUGGAAUCGAUGACCUUCCUCUACCCUCAAUGUUGCAAGACUUUCUAAAGGAGUAUCACUAUAAACAAAAAGUCAGGGUGCGAUGGCUGGAGCGGGAACCUAUAAAAACAAAGUAAACAGAAAUCAGAAUAAGCUUAUAGAAUACACUUCUUUUUUUGUUUGUUACAGUUUAACUGCAGCGAGCACACCAACGAUGUCUAGCUUUCCUGCAAUAUCCUAUUUAAGCUGAGUGUUAGUAUCCUGUCAGAUGCUGCCUGCUGUUAAUCAAGUUUGUGAUGCCUCUUGGAAACAAUAAGCAGACACAAUUCUGCACGUUUUUCAUUAAGGCCUAAUGAAAAUAUUUUUGCCAAUUUCUAAAUAUUUUGUUUCCCUUUUAUAGCUGUAGUAAUUGGAUGAAGAAACUAUGAGGCAUUUUCUGUGGGGCAUUCACGUAAUGCUAAUAAAGAAAGGCUUUAUUAGAGGAACAUUUUUGCUAAUAUUUGAAGUAUUUUUUUAAAACUAUCUUCUUGAAAACUUUCCACUAUUCAAAGUACUAAUUUAGCUCACAAGCAAGUUUUGAAAUACUAGUGAGUAAGGGUAUUUUUUUUUUUAAUUAAGAGCAGUUCGUUAGAAGCAGUCCAUUAAGAGUUAAUGGUGUUUUGAUGCUAACAGAUGAAUCGUGCUUUUCUCAAUGUAUAAGGUUUCCUAAUCAUUAAGACUUGAAUAUGCCUGCUCAGUACUGUAAUUGUAUUUUAAACACUUAGAGAUUUAAGUGGCAUUGUUAGCAAAAGUAAUACUGUCUUGGACAGUUAAAUACCUUCCAGUGUGAAUUACUGGUUCAGUGGCAGGACAUGUGAUAGUAUUGCCAUAAAACGAAAGGUUGGGGUUUUUUGUUGGUUUUUUUUUUU